UGUUUUCUCUCUUUCGAAUAAAAACGAAAACGCAAAAUAAAAUUAAAAAAAAAAGUCGUCAGAAAAAAAGCGCCAUGGACGCCAUCGAUUCCGUCGUCGAUCCUCUUAGAGACUUCGCCAAGGACAGCAUUCGCCUCGUUAAGCGUUGUCACAAGCCAGAUCGCAAAGAAUUCACGAAAGUUGCAGUGCGUACAGCUAUUGGGUUCGUAGUAAUGGGAUUCGUGGGCUUCUUUGUGAAGCUCAUCUUUAUUCCGAUCAACAACAUCAUCGUCGGUGCCACUUAGAUAUCAAGGGAAGAUAAAGAUGGAAAAGGGUAGUUAAAGCUUCGUUGUUUCAUGAAGACACUUCACAGUUUUUUUGUUUGUUUGUUCAGAUACUCAAAAAGAGGAAACUUUUGUUGUUGACCUAGUUAACCCACACUUUUGAGAUCAGUCUCCAGUAAUUUGCAUUCUGUUUGAGAUAUGUCACUGUUUAUUUCGCUCUACAAUUAUAAAUUGGAAGUUUUGGA